CGUGUGCCCAAGGAUCCUCUGGAUAUGCCUGAGCCUGGAUGGAUCAGUGCAAGCAGAAUGGAAUAUAUAUACAAGAGGUUGACUAGAAUGUCGUAGUUAGUAGAGUACUUGUCAAAGGCGAUAAUAGAAUUGAAAAUCUUUAUCCCUGUGGGGAGCAAACUCGAAUUCGAUCGAGAGAAGAGAGAAAAGCAGCGCGUCGUCGAAGAAGAGACGAAGAAGAAGACUAGGAUCUCGACUUGGAAGGAGGAAUGCUGGACGACGACGACGAAGAAGAAGGAGGAGGGUCGAGCAGGAAGAGAGUGAGAUCAAGUUUUAUCGACGAUGAGGCGGUGGUUGACUCCGAUGACGAAGAGGAGGAAGAAGAUGAUGCUGAGGACGGUGGCAGAUGUAGAUAAUGUGCAGCGGGGAGUUAGAGUGACGUUAAUUCCACAGAUUGACUCGCAGGCUAUUGCAAAUAAACUGGACGGUGGAGAGGAAGUAAAGAAGGUGGCUUUUGUCCCUCCAUGUUUUGUGAAUGGUGAUGAAGCAAGAUUGAAGAACAGAUCUAAUGACUGCUGAUUAUUUUGGUUGCAUUUGAUGGCAAGUUGUUUAAAGAUGGGUUAUUGAAUAAAGAUGUGUCAAUGAAGUCAAUUAGUACUUGGAACAUAAAGCCAACAUUUGAUGAACUCGAGAACUUCCAUAAACCUCAUGAGAAUGGUGAUGGUGACGUAGCCAGUUUAACUACCUUAUUUGCAAGUAGAAACACUCUAUGAAGGGUGAUGCAGUUAUUGUUGUCAAAAGAGAUCUGAAAAACCUUAAGGGAUGGGUUGAGAAAGUUGAUGAAGAAAGUGUUCAUAUCAAACCAAAAGAGAAGGCAUAGUUAUUAAAAGCACGCCUCAGGCAAGGCUCACCAGGCUCUAACCCUAACGCUUUAUGCACCUAGGCGUGCGCCUUUAUUCCAGGCACAAGCCAAGAAAAACAUGACUUCUUUAUUUUUACCUUUAGCGAGUACUUCCAUUGGCAAAUAGUAUUAUAACUUAAACUUGAUAUUUGUCAAUUUAUAAGAAUUCUGUAUUGACGCACGAGUAAGUUUUUGGAAUUAUUAUCGCUGGUGAUAACUAGUCAUCAAAGUCUCAUCAAACCAGCACAUCCAAGAUCGCAAACCUCCCAUAUUUUCAUUUCAACACUACCACUCUAUUAUUAUCUUUUUUUUUUUUAAAAAAAAAAUUACAUUUACAUCUAUUUCAAGAUAUAUGCCAAAAGAAAAAGGAAAAGCAUUGUCUACCAACUUGAAAACUAAUACUCGUUUAGUUCUUAGAGAUAAAGAAGAUGAUGAAGAUAUUGAUUUUGAACAUGAGUAUCAAGAGGAUGAAAGUGUUUAUGAUUGCUUAACUUUAGUUUAGAGACAUUAAAGGUUAUUCAAAUUUCAAUAUAUUACUUUAAACUUUUAGUAGUUUAUUUUUAUUUUAUUUGGAUUACAAAAUUAUUAGUACUUGAAUGCUUACUAGUUAUUAUUAUUAUUUUUUUUAAUUUCAUGUUAUUUGAAGUUUAAUGCAAUAUUGACAUUUAUUUUUUAUGGAAUUUUAAUUUUUUUUUUACUUUUGCGCCUUAC